UGAUAUAUUUAAGCCAAAACUAAACAAAUAUUGAUGACGUCAUAAAAUAACGUUGCGUACACAUGUGUACACAUGUGACGUUGCGUAGCAACUACACAUUUUUUAUAUGUCUGCCCUGAUGAUUAUGAUAUGAAACCGGUAGGUGGACAGAAAUACAGAUAGGGGAAACCCAUUGGAUGUUUUUCUUUUUUAUUUAUAUAUAUUUUAUAUGGCAGCAUAAUCUGCAUUUUUAAUAUGCAAUUUUGUUUCAGUGUCUUGGGAUAUUCUUAUCAAUCACCGUAUGUGAUGAAAAUGUAAAUAUAAAGACAUUGUUAACUUAUAAAUACAUGUUGUGUUUUUCUAAACGGUAAACAGUUUAUUGCUGUAAAGUUUUCAAAGCUCAAAAUGUUCUUAAAUCCACCAUUAGAGAUCGUAAGCGUAGUUAUAUGUCGUUCACGAAACAUUGCAGAACAAAUGUACUAUAACUAUAUUGAUUAAUCAAACAAUUCAUUUGACAAAAUCCAAGCCUUACUGCGUCUUUCCGGCUUUAAGCUGUAGUCUUUCAGGUCAAGUCAUUCCUUGCUGGUAUAAAUGGGCCACUAGGUAGAUCCACCUGUCUUCCGCAUGUAUCCACACCUGAUGACCAAACAUGGAUAUGAAGGGCAAGUGGCUGGAAAUCAAAGACGUUGGUCCCUCAGCUAACAAUAAUACAUCAUUGUUAUAAUUUACAUGCAUGUUUCGAAGCUAAAACCUUACUGCACAACCUAUGUUAUACAUGAUAUGGUUUUAUUAAUCGCAAGGAAGGCGAAGCCAAGCCCGAAAGAAAGAAGGACGGAAACUCAUUUAAUCAGGACAGCAACACAAACAGUUGAAAUGUUUAUCCACUAAUGUCAUUAGCAAGGGUAUAACGUUAGAUUUUCAUUUUUUUUUUCGAAAUAUCUUUAUUGUAUAUACCAUUCAAUAUUCUAGUCAUAGAUUAUUGAUAGUUCAAGUAGCACGACCUCUAAGAGCAGGAAACUAAGAUACAAAGCAAAUAACCGACGUCGUUCUGAAUUGUUUCCUGGUAACAUAAAUGAGAAAUUACACUGCGUCAGAAGUCGAUACAGUUGUGAUAAAAGUUGACCGUAAAUGGAAUAUCAUUUCACACCGCUGGGUAUCGCUUGCGGUAAUGGUUUUUGACUCAAAAUGAUGUUGUUUAAAUGAAAGGAAAAUAUUGCAAAUGGAUAAUCAGAAUUUAUUUCAGAAUUUAUUUUAAAUUAACUGACAUGUAAACGUGUCAUAGAAUAACCUUAAGGACAUUGUCAAAACUAAAAAAGUAUAGGAGUGUUAUAAGUUAAAACACAUUUCUCGACGCACUUUUUGGUCAUUUAAAGACAUUUUAGCAGACUUGUGUUGACUGCUUUAAUUGUAGGAUUGGAGUAUAGAAAUUUGAUAGCAUUACUAAAAAUACUUCAACCUAUCAUUCCUUAAAUAAAAUGUUCGAGUACAUACUGAAUACCAGUACGUGUCAGAUGCUCGGGAACCAUAGCGCUGUUCAGGGAUUGGUUCCUUCUAUCGAGAUGCACGAGACACUGUUGCUAGUGACAGGAUUUGGACUGUUUACUACAUUAAUUGCGUUGCUCUUUGUUUGUAUCCGACGGCGAAUUUACAAAGACAAGAAUACUCUGGAUACAGCGUUUGAUGCUGGAGGAAAGGUGAGUGUUGGCUUGACAGCAACAACUAUUGUUUCACAGUGGACCUGGGCUGCCACACUUCUCUACUCGUGUACAGUAGCCAGUAAAUAUGGAAUCAGUGGGCCGUUUUGGUACGCCGCGGGAGCCACAAUACAAAUCCUUCUAUUUGCAAUGGUGUCAGUCCAGCUAAAGGUUCGUGCCCCUGGAGCAAAGACGUUUCUGCAAGUAAUUAGAGCAAGAUAUGGAGCGACCACUCAUAAAGUCUUUGUCUUCUAUGCGCUUUUGACGAACAUAAUAGUAACUGCAAAUUCCAUGUUAGGUGGUUCAGCAGUACUGUCUGGAUUAACAAAAGACAUGGAUGUGGAAUACGCUACAAUGUUAAUGACUACUGUGAUCGGUACAUACACGUUGAUAGGAGGUCUUGGUGCCACGUUCUAUGUCUCGUUCUUCAACACGGCAAUGAUCUGUAUCAUGAUGCUAGUGUUUGUCCUGCGAGUAUACGAUGACCCCGACAAUGAUGGCAACCCUCUUGGUUCAGAGCAGAAUGUUUAUGAUUACAUCGCCUGCAGCCAGGGACCGGAAGGAAACAGAGAAAACAGUUACCUGACCCUUAUGUCAAAAUCAGGAUUUAUGUUUGGAAUGAUUACAAUUGCAGCUGGAUUUGGAACGUCUUACGUAGACCAGUCCUAUUGGCAGAGCAGUGUGGCUGCCAAACCUAGACAGGGUGUGCUGGGCUUUCUUGCUGGGGGACUGGUCUGGUUUUCUAUACCUUUUGCACUAGCCACCACGAUGGGUUUAGCUUAUAUUUCAUUGAGCGCACACCAAAAUAAACCUUUGCUAGCUGAAGAGGAUGUUGACAUAGGAUUGGUAUUACCGGUGGUUGCCCAGAGAAUGUUUGGGCGUGCAGGAGAAAUGAUGAUGAUUGUGAUGAUAUUGAUGGCCGUUGUAUCCACAGGAUCAGCCGAAGUUGUAGCCGUCACAUCAAUUAUUGUCUACGAUAUACAUCAACUCUAUCUGAAGCCAUAUCGCCUGGUUCAUGACGCAAAUUCUUGUAUAUUGUGUGGCAGAGGACGAGGUCGAAAAGCUAAUGUUAGAGAUAAAUGCACUUGUGAAAGUAUGACUGUUUGUUCUGAAUGCACACAGGAUAACAGACAAAGAAGCCAAUCUAAACGGGCGCUGAAACCACCAUACCAGUGUAGAACUCACGGAAGUUUCAGGGAAUAUACGGACUACCUUCUACGUAUUAAAAACUGGUGUCUUCUGUGGACUACGCUUGGAAUUGUACCGUUAACUAUAUUACUUUACACCUUACGUAUCAAUUUAACAGUUGUCCAUAUGUUCAUGGGCGUUACAAUAAAUUCUGCAGUUAUUCCAAUUGUAUUGUCGAUGUUCUGGGAGCGUCUUACUGGUCUAGGAAUGAUAACAGGAAGUAUCGGCGGUUCAGUGUUAGGACUGAUAUCUUGGCUCAGUGCCACUGCGUCAUAUCCGGGAGGUCUUCAAAACUUCAAACUUAAUGCAAUUCGAGAAGUUCCAAGCCUUACUGGUAACUGGGUAUCUCUCCUGACAGGCGGCAUUAUAGCAGUGCUGGUUAGCUUGUUUUCUUUGAGAAGUAAGGAAGGUUCUGAAGUAUGGGAGAAAACGAGAGAUAUAGACAGUCCCCUUAGCCCAUGGACAGAAUUGUAUCAAAAGGAUUUGAAUAUUGCCGGCGCUUAUCGUCUAGACAACAGACCGUCUCUAAAGGAUGUACAUAAGGCAUUCAACGGCGCUAAAUACGUAGCCUUUGUUGGAUCUAUAACAUUGACUAUAAUGCUUGUAGUUAUCUGGCCUUGUAUCAUGGUAGGCGUGUCAGUGAUGUCGUUUGACUCAUUCAAUCAGUGGGUGACAGUGUCUAAGAUUUGGGCGUUUUUAGCCGCCAUUUUUAUCAUAACAGCCCCGUUCGCAACUGAAAUCUGGGAUAUAUACAAAGCAUUCUUCAGGAAUGUUCGGAUUAAAACCUUUCCAGAGGGUGCAAAUACUUCAAGUAAUUGUGAUGAUACUGUAAAAGACUACAAUGAAGACAAUGGGAAGAAGGAUACGGGUGUUAAACUAACAGACGUGGAAAAUGUACAUUUAUCAGCUUUUACGCCGUUCAGGAGUCGUGAAAGUGACGCUGGAAUAAUUAGUACUAAAGUUAACACAUGAUUUAAAAGAUUAAAUAAGUUAUCUCAUUUUAAUUAUGCCCCCUCUUCGAAGAAGAAGGGGUAUAUUGUUUUGCAGAUGUCGGUCGGUCGGUCUGUAUGUAGACCAAUCCGUUUCCAGACGAUGACUCAAAAACGCUUGGGCCUAGGAUCAUGAAAGUUGAUAUAGAGGUUGGUCAUAACCAGCAAAUGACCACUAUUGAUUUUGAGAUUAGUAGGUCAAAGAUCAAGGUUACAGUGACCCGGAACUGUUGAACAGUUUCCGGAUGAUAACUCACGCUUGGGCCUGGGAUCAUGAAAGUUAAUAGGGAGGUUGAUCAAGACCAGCAGAUGACCCCUAUUGAUUCUGAGAUCAGUAGGUAAAAGGUCAAGGUCACAAAGACCCGGAACAGUUAAACGGUUUCCGAAUGAUAACUCAAGAAUGCUUGGACCUAGGAUCAUGAAAGUUGAUAGGGAGGUUAACCAACGGAUGACCCCUAUUGAUUUUGAGAUCAGUAGGUCGAAGGUCAAGGUCACAGUGACCCGGAACAGUUAAACUGUUUCCGGAUGAUAGCUUGAGAACACUUGGGCCUAGGAUCACGAAACUUGAUAGGGAGGUUGAUCAUGAUCAACAAAUGAUCCCUAUUGAUUUUGAGGUCAAAGGCCAAGGUCACAGUGACAUGGAACAGUUAAACGGUUUCCGAAUGAUAACUCAAAAACUCUUGGGUUAGGAUCAUGAAAGUUGAUAGGGAGGUUGGUCAGGACCAGCAGAUGACCCCUAAUGAUUUUGAGGUCAGUAGGCCAAAGGUCAAGGUCACAGCAGAUGUCGGUCGGUCGGUCGGUCUGUAUUUAGACCAAUCCGUUUCCGGAUGAUAACUCAAGAACGCUUGGGCCUAGGCUCAUGAAAGUUAAUAGGGAGGUUGGUCAUGAGCAGCAGAUGACCCCUAUUGAUUCUGAGGUCAGUAGGUCAAGGUCACAGUGACCUGGAACAGUUAAACGGUUUCCGAAUGAUAACUCAAUAAUUCUUGGGCCUAGGAUAAUGAAAGUUGAUAGGGAGGUUGGUUUUGACCAGCAGAUUGCCCCUUUUGAUUUUGAGGUCAGUAGACCAAAGGUCAAGUUCACAUUGACCCGAACAGUUAAACCGUUUCCUGGCGAUAACUUGUGAACGCUUGGGCCUAGGAUCAUUAAACUUAAUAGGGAGGUUGAUCAUGACCAGCAGAUGACCCUGUUAAUUUUGAGGUCAAUAGGUCAGAAACCAAGGUCAAACUGACCCAGAACAGUAGAACUUUUGUGUAACAAUAAUUUCUGUUCCUUGUGCAAUUACUAAAUGCAUCAAGGGGGUAUU